AAACACAAUGCUAUCGUUCUAAUCUAUAGAUAAAAUUUAAAUUUCCCUCCUUUUCAUUGGCCAAUUAACCACAAAUAAAACUCUCAAGUUGAUCCAAUAUUUCAAUUGUUUUGUUAAAACUAAAAAUACAAAAAUAUCACGUUUCAAUGUUGUAACAAUUUAGUGGUAGCUAAGAUAAACAAUGUGUUUAAUUUAUAUUCGUUUCUAAUUUUUGUAAAUUAGUAUGUCAGCAGUAGAAGACCCAAAUAAUGAGAAGUAUCUUCAGUGUGCCCAUAAAAUCUGGGAGAGAUUUACUCAGUGGAUACACUGCAUAUGUGUUGUUACCUUCGACUUAGAGUUAGGACAAGCUUUAGAGAACGUGUAUCCCAAGCAUGUAACCUUAACGAAACAAGAAAUUUCUAAUAUUUGUUAUUUGGCGUUUCCCGACUCGAAUUCGGGAUGUAUGGGUGAUACUAACUUUGUGAUACGUUUACCACGAAGCCCCGGUAAAUCGGAGUUAAGUCGAGAGCAUCACAGAUAUAACUCGACCUGUCCAGUCGCGCUACAAAUUCAUGCCGGAUAUUAUUGGGGUUACGUUUAUUUUAGGCAAGUUAAAGACAUUUCGCUACCACGAGGCUACUUUCAAAAGAGCGUGGUUAUUUUAUCUAGGCUACCGUUUAACAAAUUAUUUAGUACAAUUAGUUGUUUAAUAUCGCCGGAGUAUUUCGAAAAUGGGGAACCUAGCCUUGAAGCUGCAUGUCAUAAUAUUGAUAAGUGGCCACCUCCUGUACCCGGUGAAACUUUGAACUUACCUUUGAUGGGGUCUGUGUUUCAGUCCGCGCCAUUUUUUAAGACUGCAUCUAAAAAUGUAUUGGACAUCUUUAAUAAGGUUGAAAUACCGUACCACAAUCCGUCGAAACCUUUGAAUGGCAAUAAAGAGUUUUUGAUGUCGCUCGAAAAUCAAGUUCAGAUAUCCUCCGUAGAAGACUUAGAUUUGUUUGAAAUUUUACAACCGAUCUUAUCUCACAUCCAUCUUUUGUGGGAAUUAGUUUUGACCUCCGAACCAUUAGUCGUAAUGGCAUCUUCGCCCACAACAUGCUCUGCCAUGGUUCUAGCCUUAACAAGAAUAAUUUCUCCACUGAAGUACUGUGCAGAUUUCCGACCGUAUUUUACAAUCCAUGAUAGCGAAUUUAAACAGUUUACUAGCAAAGUGAGUAAUGCUCCUCCGAUGAUUUUAGGAGUUACGAACCCAUUUUUUGCGAAAACUUUACACCACUGGCCUCAUACGAUACGUUUAGGAGAUGAGUCAAGCCAGAGCCAAACAUAUAAACUGAAAAAAAACGCGAACAUUAAAAUGUUAGAUAUAAGACCCGGAGUGUACACAACGUAUAAAACGUUUUUACACAAAGACAAGACUGUUAUUAAAAACUUAUUGCUCGGAAUUAAUGUCAAACGCCCACCUGAAGUGCAGUCUGCUUUAUUACGACGCCAUUUGUUGGAACUUACACAUAGCUUUAUCAUACCGUUAGAAAGAUACAUCGCUAGUUUAAUGCCUUUAUUGAGAAAUAUUUCUCCAUUUAAGGCCGCUCCCGCGCCAUUAACUUUUAAUCCAGACAAUUUUUUUGCAACUUUGGACAGUACCGGACCUCAAUUGACAUCUGGAAUCAAAGGUGAUUGGGUGGGAUUGUAUAAGAAAUUUUUUCGUUCGCCCAACUUUAACGGCUGGUUUGAAAUGAGAUACAAAGAAUUGGUAUUGAAGUUGCAGGCCUUGCAGCUGGAAGCGUUAUCAGACGCUGAUUUAAAGUUAUGGGUUCAAGGGAAACCAGAAGUGGAAGUUGUCGACAUGUUUUUGAAAAUCAAGAAAAUUAUCAAAACCGGCGAACGGGAUAUACCAAUAAACGAUGUAACAAGAGAACAGUUGGGCCAGCGAUUGCAAGAUAUAUUGUCUUCAUUACCCGACGAUGUUAAGAACAUUUUGCAAGUUACUUGACAGUCAGUGUUUUAAAAUGAGCCUUUUUUUUACAACACAGUGUUUUGAUCAAUUUCGUUAUAGGUACCCACAAUGAUGUGGUCCAAGUUACAGCAAUACAAUGGAUAUACCUGUACUAGGUACAGUUGCAAUUUCUAUCAUAAGAGCACAGGUUAGAGUUCUCAUACUGCCGUUUUAUUAGCGACCCACGCGAAGCAUUUGACUCUCUUUAAUCUUCAUUCAAUUGAAAUCGCUAAUUACAGUACCGCUUAUUUAUUACUUUGUUCUUUUACUUUCAUAACGCAAUUAGUGCAAUUGUGGAAUUUCUAUAAUCGUGAUACCCACCUACCUUCAGCCUUAGG